CCACCCAAAAAGCAACGUAUCAAUCCUAUCGAUGCGUUUUAGAAUAUCUACCCUCGAACAUGUGCUGUCGACACAAGGCAUAUUAUACAGAACUAAAGUCUUAAUAUACUAGAUGGAUAUUAUAUAUUAUCUAGCAGCUAUCCCAGUACCACUCACCAGAUGAAUGCUUACUAAAGGUUUAAAAAAGUGGUGCCACUCAAGCAGUAAAUAGAGUGGUUAAAUUAUUUUUCCGGCUUUUUUUGUUUUUGUUUUUUUUUGUGGCUGCGCUGAAGUCAACUAAAAAAAACUCUUCUAGCCUCAACUGUAAACAAAAUGUCCAAAGAGGUUUCUUUAAAAGACUUUUAUAACAACCCUGAAAUUGAGGAAGAAGAUCAAGAUUCUGAGCAAGAUUCCGACUUUGUCCCUGAAGAUAACGAGAGCGAUGCAGAGGAUUUUGUUGAAUCAGAGGCUGAAGAUGAAGAAGAAAAUACAACCAAUGAUAAAAAGAGAAGUUUACCUGUAGAAUCAGCUACUGAAGACGCGACUGUUAAAAAAUCGCGAAUCGACGCUAUCUGGGCAGAUAUGAACCAACCUCAAAGCAAAAACAAAGUGAAGGAAAGUGUGCCUGAGCCAACAGAACCUGUUGUGGAAAAAAAAGUAAACGAGAUUAAGAAAAAGUCAGUGAUGCAAAAAAGGCCUCGAUCGUCACUGUCUUCUUUGGUAUCCCAAUACAAUAUUAAAGAACCAAAGAUGAAUACUCUUGACAAAAGUAAGUUAGACUGGCAAGGAUAUGUGGAUAGGGAAGGUAUCCGGGAUGACCUUAAGUAUAAAAAUAAAGACGGUUACAUGGAAAAAGUCGCAUUCCUUCAGCGUGUGGAUGACAGGAGAUUGAGUCAAUUAAAAUCUGGCCAAAAGAAGGAAGGAAGCAAGAAAUAACGUGCUUGGAUUGAUUGGUUGAUAUUGAUCUAUGAACAAAGCCGCUCUUAUUUGCUUUUGGAUAACAUGACAUGCAUAUAAAUAUAUUCCAUUCAAACUCUGCAUUACUGACUUUUUCUGACUAUAAACUUUCAUAAGUAUUGUGAGUACACGUAAAAAACAUCAUUGCCAAAUGUCUUAAAAUAGACAUUAAAACCCCCUAUAUAUAUUUACAGUAAAAUUUCUUUUUUUUUUUGAACUCUUUCUUUCUUCCUUUUUUCUUUUUUUCAAAGGUAGAAAA